AUGUCUACCACACUCAUUACCAGCCGUCGACGACAAGAAACCACUACUUCCACUUCAUCGCGAAGAACACCUACUACACUCGCUUCGUCGCAACGAGCGUUCACAACUUCUACCACGCAGCGGAGACCAUCCGCAACUUCCACCUCCUUAGGUGUAGCUUCCUCAUCACCAACCGCACUACCUACCAACUUGGCCUCGGAUUUCUCUUUCGUUCAACUUGAAACCAAUGCUCCUGUCCCCAGCGCAACCAACUCAGCCAACCAGCCAACUCUCGUCGAUACCAGUGUUGGGGCCAGCGAGACAUGCUCUACGGAUAGCGACUGCGCAAAGGACAAGACGUGUUCGAGCGCAAAAUGUGUUGCUCUGAACGGCGCCGCACCGCUUGGAGGAUCGGGUCCAGAGCCAACUUCGCGACUAACCCCGGGCUCAGCUAUUGGUGUUGGCGUAGGGGUUGUUGGAUUGGUCGUACUGAUGGUAGCACUUGGUUACUGGUUCUGGAGAAUCCGAGCAAGACGGCCACGCCCCCAAACUAUAGAAGAGCCUUCAAACGAUCUCCGAAGAUGUGCGACGAAUGCAACGGAUCAAAGAACACUGGUAGCCUCGUUACCAAACAGCCCCCACAACGCAGCCUUCAGUCAACAACAAACCAUGGCUCCUGAGGUCUUCGCCAGAGCUCUUGCGUUCAACGAUACAAAGGAGAAAGCGGGCAGUAAGAGAUCAGACUCGAUGGACAAGAAGUCGCGAAGCUCAACAGAGAAAGCAUUACCACCUCGUCCAACACCUCAUCCUCUCAUGUCAAAUCCUCUUCCACCACCGCCCACUGAACCGAAGAGAUAUGCUGUGAACGUUAACAUCAACAAGAGCAUGAUUUUUGACGAUGAAAUGAUCAACGCUGUCAGUUCGCUUCGGGGUAACGAUACUCCCCGCAGUAGUGGUACACCUCGUGACCGUAAGCCGCAAUAUAAGUUCGAGGAAUAUAUUCCGCCCGCCGCAAAACCUCCCCCAGUUAUCAUCUCGCAGCCAACGCCGACCACAGAGAAGCGGAACUCGGAAUACGAACUGAGCCAGUUCCCGAACAGAAGGAACUCUGUAGAUACUGUCUCGAUAGCUGACGAUAGUUCAAAGAGAGGUGAUUCAGAACCACCCUCUCCUAUCGUCGAGACGCUUUCAAAGUUGGAGAGCAAGGCUCCGCAACUCCCAUUGCCGGAUCUUCCACCUCCCAGCCCAAGCUUCAGCUUCCGUUCCUACGACUGGUACCAAGACAUCAUAGGCGAUCAGCCAAACGGUGAGCCGACCACGCCAACGCUCCCUUCGCGCCAUCCUGCACGGACACCAACGCAAGCCACAUUCCCUCAACCACUAUCUCUUUCUCCAAAGAAGACCAAGCCCGCCGACCUGGCCGGCCUGGACUCGAGUCUUAUUCCAGCGCCACUUUCACCUGCUGCACCUCCUGCUGCUUCAGGUUUGCUUUUGCACCCACGCUCAGCGGCAGUACCAAGCCCCACGAGCUCCAAUUUUCGUUUAUCACCAACUGUUUAUACACCGCCGUCGCAACAAUCACCACCUAUACCACCGACAGCACCGCUUCGAAGCUUGGCACGGGCCUCUACACAGAGUACCAUGACGCGUGCUACGCACGAUUCCCGAAGCUGGUUACCGGAUGAUGGACUGUAUCUCGCUGAAGAGGGCGACGAGUUUGCCGAAUACAAGACGUUCCGUCGACCCAGCGAAGACAGCAGACCAACAAGCUAUUCGCCUUUGACCUGA